AUGACUUUUCGCUGUGUCCUUUCUCGUUUAUCUGCGUAUCAGGAAGGAAUCAUUAAUGUAAUCCUCUUGCUAGUUUUUUCAUACGUCCGUGUUCAUAGCACCCUCUUAACCAACUUAUACCCCUUAUCAGUUCCUCCUUCUUCACUAGUGAAUUUUAAGGAGACAUCGACGAUAUGGGGACGACGAAGCAACCACAGAUUCGCAUCAUUGUAUUGGGGAAGGAAGCACUUGACUACGCGAGUUCGGCGACUUGAGAAAGGACAAAUCGUACGUUUCCAUCGUGGAGGAUCCCUAUUGGGAGUGGACGUAAAGAUUCGAACGACUCUGACCGGGGAUGAGCCGUUGAAAUGGACCAGUGGUACUGAUCACUUGGCAGUUUACUGUCAAGUAGAAUGCACAACCCUGAGGCCGGCUUCUUAUCAAGUGCCACCCCCCAAAAUCCAACCACCUUCACAGCCGAUGAUGAAGAAGCGGCCAGCGCUACUCUUAAGUGAUGCCUAG